AUGGUGCGACACAAGAAAGACUUUGCCGGCAGAGGCAAGAAAUUCGGCGGCCGUGGCGGCGGUCCAGCUCGUCAACCCCGCCAUCACGACGACGAAGGCACCGAGGGCUCGCUUGGUCGCCCUGCCUUCAAGGCCGCCUGCUGGGAUCUGGGCCACUGCGACCCCAAGCGAUGCUCCGGCAAGAAGCUCAUGAAGCUGGGCAUGAUGCGCGAGCUGCACCUCGGCCAACGCCACGGCGGCGUCAUCAUCACGCCCAACGGCAAGAAGGUCAUUUCGCCGGCCGACCGCGAGCUCAUGGACCACUUUGGCGCCGCCGUGGUGGAAUGCUCGUGGGCACGAACCAAGGAGGUGCAAUGGAACAAGGUCGGGGGCAAGUGCGAGCGAUUGCUGCCGUAUCUCGUCGCCGCCAACACAGUCAACUACGGAAAGCCGUGGAGGCUGAACUGCGUCGAGGCAUUGGCCGCGGCGUUUGCUAUAUGCGGACAUCUAGACUGGGCGGAGCAGAUUUUGGCGCCGUUUUCGUACGGGCCGUCGUUUUUGGAGAUCAACUCGACGUUGCUGAAGAAGUAUGCGGCCUGCGCGGAUGAAGCUGGCGUCAAGAGGACGGAGGAGGAGUGGAUGGAGAGGCUGGAGCAGGAGUAUGCGGAGAGCAGAGAGGAGGGCGAAGACGAUAUGUGGACCAGAGGAAACACCAACAGAUUAGCGCCAGUGGACUCUGAUGAAGACGACGAAGACGAAGAAGAGGACUCGGACGAGCAAGACAAUUCGGAAGAGGAGGGAAGCAUCGAUGGCAUAUAUCUAGGCAAAAAGCCACCAAACAAGAAAGACCAAACACAACAACAAGAAGACGACGAAGACGAAGAUAAAGACCCAUACGCCCUCUCAGACGACAGCGACGACGACGCCGCAAUGGAAGAAAUCCGCCGCAAAGUCCUCGCCUCCAAAACCUUCACCAACCCAAACCCAAACACCGAGGAAAAACAGAAACCCGCAUCAAUACCCCGUCCGCAGCAGUCGAGGUUCAAGGCAGAUUUGGAUAUCGAACCAGACUCUGACAAUGAGAACAGCAAUGACAGCGAUAACAGCGGCGAAGAGGAUGGCGGUGAGGGCGAGGGCGAGGACGAUGAGUUUGACAACAUUAUUGCUGCGACGCCUAUUACCGAUCGGAUAGGGCUGGAUAAGUUGAAGAAGGAGAGGGCGAGGGCGGCGAUUACGACGAAGACGUUUUCGUCGAAUGUGGUUUCUGCGCCAAGUAGAUGGUAGUUGUCUCAUAUAAUACAAACAAUGUCACUCGCUGCCAAUA